AUGGAAAACAUUACAUGUAAAAAGCGGCAAAGAAGUGAAAAUUGGCUGGAGGAAGAUAAGCAUUUAUUGAUGGAUUUGGUAAGGGAGCGUGUAUCAGUAAUUGAAAAUAAAAAUACUGAUACAAAUACAAACUCAAAAAAGCUAGCAGCAUGGGCAGAUUUAUUAUGCAGUUUCAACAGUAUGUGUAAAGGUGGUACUCGCACUCUUCCCCAAAUAAAAUCCCAAUGGAGCAUCAUUAAAAUGACAAAAAAAAUUAAGUGUGUCGAACGAAAGAAUCUUCGCCAGACUUGUGGUGGUUCACAUCCAACUACGAACCCUGAAAAUGGAGACGACAUUUGUUCAUGGCUCCCUAAUGAAUUUGUCAUUGACACCAAUGAGUUUGAUUCUGAUGAAAUAAAUCAGAUUGGGGAGCCAUCGCAAAAUGAAAUCAAAGUGGAUGGGAUAAAUAAACUUGUCAAUGUUGAAAACAAGUCUUCAGAUAAUGACACAAAGAGUACAGUAAAGGAUGUCACAGUAGAAAUACUUGAAAAGAUCCAAACUACACGAGAGGUUGUAUCCAUUGGCUCAGCACCAAAACCACUCUAUACACCAUCUAAGAAACCUGAAAGAAAGAAUAAAAAUGAGAAAAAGACCGCAGAUCAUGCAGAAAGUAUAGCCAAUACUGAAAUCGAGUGCAGGAAAGAGUUCCAUCAAGCCCAAAUGGCAAAUGAAGAAAGGAAAGCCCGGAACUUGGACCUCGAUGAGACAUUAAUUAAAUUAAAAAUUGAAUAUUAUAAAACACUUCUAGUUCUAGAAAGUAAAUAA